GAAUGCGCUGAUUCCGGCGAUUGCGGGGGCGUGGUGUGAAUUUCCGUCAAAAUCGCAAUUCGCAAAACAAUCAACAAAGAAACUUCGCGUUUUUCGGCCGCCUAGAGGCCUUGGAGCAGAUUUUUAGCACACAAGACGAGAGGCGAGAGUGGUGGUGAGAGAGGAAAGUCAUGGAAACUAAACCUGAACCAGAGAAAGAGAAACAUUCUGUGGAAUUAAAGAGUGCUGGGAAUAAGAAACUUGGAGUAGCUCGAGAGAGAAAACUGGAAGCUCUGGAAAAGGGAGAAAGAACGGAUUGCGUUUUUCUUGUUGGCAGUGAUGAAUCCACGGCUGUGGCAAUUCACGGCAAUAAGUUUGACUUGGAAGCUGCGAGCGAGUAUUUUGAGGGACUUUUCAGAAGCCCCCUGACACCCCCAGGGCCCAUUCGAGUGAAGCACGUGGAGCCCCGCAUUUUCCGGAUGGUCGUUGAGUUUGCUCAUUUCUUUCAACUCUUCACCCCUCCUGUCAAUGUGGAGGAGGCGGUGCUGUUGGCCAGGUCGGCUGACGAGUUUUUGAUGACAGAGCUUGGCACCGUUAGUGUGGAGUUCAUGUCACAAUACCUUGAUGUGGACAAAGUUUGGAAAAUUUACGAAAUGAACAACUUGUGCCGUUUUGUGGCUGAACCAUGUGAAAAGUUCUUUUGCGAAAGAACAAUGGAAUGCCUGAACCACCAAUCAUUCCUUGGGAUCAGCAAAGAGACGUUGAUUUCAUUUUUGAAAAUUAGUGCAGAAAUGGACAUCGAUUCUGAAUCGGACCUUGUCCAUGCUUGUCUUAAGCUAGCCAGUGCAAAGAACAGUGAUGAUGAUAAAAGAAAGUUGAUUCGGUCUGCCCUUCCAAACCUGCGCUUGCUUACCCUGGACGAGGAGCAAAUUUCUGCUCUUUCAGAGUUUUUGACAGACCAAGAAAAAACUUUCCUCUUUUUCAAAAAGCAUGAACCCCAUCCCUGUUUGCUUUUUCCUACUGGACCUUCUACACCUGAGAGCAUUUGUCCAAUUGAGACACCAAGGUGUAGAGUGAAGAUGAAGACCUUCACCUUGCUUCCUGACCUGAAGCCCGUCAGCUUGAGGGACACUCUAGAAGCUGAGCACCGAAUUCCGGUACAAGACACGGAGGUCUUCACCUUUUCCUUUGAGGCAAGCGAGUUCAUCGUCAUCCGUGGCUUUGACAUUUUCUGCCAAAUGAUCGACCCUCCUGAAUCCAUCUUGAGUAAUUUCAAAGAUGAGAAAAACAGCCUGGAUUCAUUUGCUGAACAUAUCGCGUAUGACAAAAAUCUAGAUGUCUCUGUCAAAGUCAGCAGCUGCGAUAUGAAAUAUUCGGGUGCAGAAGAAAAAUUGGCACCCACCACUAGCAGCCCAUUUGUGACCAACUCUUGGGUUCACUUUGGCCUGAACGUCCUCGUCCCCAAAGGAGGCACCUUUGAGAUGAGUGUCACUUUCAAAGAGAGUUGCUACUACAGAUUUGAGAGGCCAUUGAGUGUUGUGAUGACUGAUAUCCCCAAGUGGAAUGAUCCUAGUUCCUUGAAGCUCUUCAAGAAUAUCAAAUUUUCAGACCAGUAUGUUCAAGAUGACAAACUUGAUGACGCCCCAGAAGAUCAGGCUCUUACCGUGUUUAGGAAGCUCUACUUCACCCUGCUUUAAUUAAUAAUUGCUACACUUUAUACAUGGUUUGCAGCAAUCUCGGCACUUGUUUUUGUUUGAUAUAUUUCUGAAAAAGUUAACACCAUAAUUGCAUUAUAACUAUAAAUUGGUAAGUCAAAGUGCAACAGCCAGGAGGGACGACCAAGUUAAUAAAUAGAAAGAGCAAACAAAAUGUUAUUCGCACAAAAAAUUAACUUGCAUGUAUCAUUUACAAUUGUCUGUAUACCUGCAAACUAAUUAGUUCCACUAGCAAAGGACCAAGUUUUUUCACAAAAGUAAAUAAAAACAAAAAAAAAUAAAAGUUCAA